CCCCGGACCUGCAUGAUGGUCUUGCGGAUCUUCCACAGCCGGUACGUCUCCUCCUCGUCGUCCAUGCUGCCCCUCAGGCCCCCGCGGGCUGCCCGCGCCGCCGCCUGCCCCACGCGCACACAGGCGGCGCCAGGGCGGUUAUGGGGGCCUCGGCCGCGGUGCCUUCUGGGAGAUGUGGUCCGCCACGGGCCGCCCCCGCCGCGGGGACCGGGGGUACCGGGGAGAACGGGGGUCUCUCCGCCGCCGCUGGGGCGGGCCCCUGGAUUUCUACGGCCCGGCCCGGGAGGGAGGGAACCGCCGGCCGCGGGGCGGAGCGGGGCGGGGGGGGCGCGGCCCGCAGCAUCUGACACACCCCCGCCCCGCGUGGUCUCGCCCGAUAAGCACCCCCACGGCCAUCCCGCCCGCCCCGCGCUGCUAUUGGCUCAGCUGUCUAUCCAUCACCUGGCCGGGCCGGUCUCGCGCGCGCUGAUUGGCCGCGGCGGCGCGGGGGGGCGGUGCCUGUGCGCGAUGCGCUGGGGCCGGGCGGUGCGGGCCGCGCUGCGAGGCGGGAGCGCGGCGGCGGCGGCGACGCUGCUGCGGGGCCCGGUGCGGAGCAUGUGCGCCCAGGCGGACGACUGGCGCUCGGCCAGGGCCAUCUACGACUUCCACGCCCUCGACAUCGAUGGCAACGACGUGUCCCUGGAGAAGUACCGGGGCUAUGUCUGCAUCAUCACCAACGUCGCCUCCAAAUGAGGGAAGACCGCGGUAAACUACACUCAGCUUGUUGACCUGCACGCCCGAUACGCUGAGAGGGGUUUACGCAUCCUGGGCUUUCCCUGCAACCAGUUCGGGAAGCAGGAGCCCGGGGACAACGCUCAGAUCAAGGCAUUUGCUGAGAACUACGGGGUGAAGUUCGACAUGUACAGCAAGAUCGAUGUGAACGGGGACGAUGCCCACCCGCUCUGGAAGUGGAUGAAGGAGCAGCCCAAAGGGAGGGGCACCCUGGGCAAUGCAAUAAAAUGGAACUUUACCAAGCUGACCCCUGGACUCGCCCACGGGGUGUUGCUUCACUCCCCCAGUUCCUCAUUAACCGGGAGGGCCAAGUGGCGAAGAGGUACAGCCCGAUGGAGGAUCCCUACGUGAUCGAGAAGGACCUCCCUGCCUACCUGUAGCUCUGCUCUGCUGUCCCCCCGCCCGCCCCGGCCCCGCUGCCCCCGGAGCCUCCUCCAGCCCCAUGACGGGCUGCCCCCAAGCCAGGUCCUGGUGGGGCAGCCCCGACCCCGGCGUGCACCGCUGGACAGAGGCCCCGGGGCCGCGGCCGCCCCGGGCAGGAGCAGCCGGAGCCCCCCCGCAGCAACUGGAGUCCCCUCGCAAUAAAGACCUUAGGAAUGA